AUGUUCGUCACUGAGACCAACGAUCUCGGUGUCGAAGUUACUUACCACGACACAGACCUUAAUAGCUACAAAAUCAGCUCCCCAGCCUAUUCUACCCCAGCUCCAGCACGUCCAUUACACCUCCGACUCAAUCUCGAUACCACUCUACCUCCUGAAAGUAGGGUAUCCCAAUUCUUCCAAACCUUACCCGAAGUCAACGCACCUUACAAUGUGACUGUUGAUGCUAACACCUUACAAGCGGAAUAUCAAUACGCUAUCGAGAGGGAUCCAGAGUUAUCCAAUGUAAAUUUCACAUCUGCCAUUUUGAACAGUGAUAUCAAAUUGGAUAUUUCUUCACCUCUUACGGGAUUUGAUCAAGGUAGAAUCCGAGGAUCUGCAAUAACAAGUGAUGUUCCAUUUUUUCAGGUCGUGCGAUCGGUCAAGUUCGCCGAUCUAGUAAAGAAUAAGGGACCACUCAUCAGAAACGACAUAUUGUCUAAAAUGAACUCUAUGAUCUUACAUGUCCAACCUUCGUCAGAUACUCGAUGGGCAGGUGAAAGUUCGAAUGGAUUCCAUAUGACUCCCACUAACAAGAAACAUACCACGCCGUAUAUAUGUAUCUACGAGUCACUGGAAAAUUGGAAUCCGAUCCAUUACACCUCUCAGAGUCGGGAUGAGACUGAAGUAGUGGAUAUAUCAUUGUUGGACAAUACAGCUCAUAAUGAGAUGGACCUGGAAGUGGUGGAUGCUCUUCUAGGAAAAGGAUUUGGUGGUGGUCAAGUAACGUCGAAUAGCAGUUUGAAAUUUGUCGUUCGUUGA